AUGUGCUCAUGUUUGUCAUUAUUGAAGAAUUAUUCUUUAUUGACAAUUGACGAAAUCGCUUUUUACGCGGAUGAAGUUAAAAAGCUUUGUGGAACAUUAGAAAAAGGACAAGAAAUAAAUCGUCAAUUCAAACCAAUAUUUUCUAUAUCGGUAACAUCCAUUAUUGAUGAUGUAGAAAAUGAGGAUGGUCCUUACCUAGCAGUUGAACUUACCAAUAAUUUGUCAAUAUCUUUUACUUUUGAUCAACUCGCGAUUCGGUUGGUUAGCGGACAGAGUGAGGAGAUUUGGUUUGGCGUUUGUAAUGAAGAAAUCAAGCCUGGUUUGAAUUCUUAUAAGCUUUAUUCCGAUAACAGUGCAUCAGGAAAUUAUUAUGUAGAGAAUGUACGAAUGUCAAUAGGCAAAGUAUCUUUCACUCACAAUUUCUUGAACGAGAGCAAAAAGAAAUCAUUUAGGAUUAACGAGCACCCAUCAGUAUUAAGAGCACAGAUUAUUGCUCCAAGCGAAAUUCAUAUUGGUGCACAACAAUAUUUUCUUGUUCGGAUUUUUACUGGUCUGUCGUGUGUAAAUGAGGGCAAAUUGUCGUUGGAGGCAAUAUCGGAAGAGCUUUCAUUCCCAAAAUCUGAAAAAUAUCCCUCGGUCACCAAAUCCGUUAUCAAUGAGAAAAUAUCAGAAGGCAUCGAAUCAGAACAGGACUUGGAAGUAUCUGAAGAUGGUAAAAUAAGAAUACCUUCUUUUCAACCAAAUCAAUUAAUAGAAUUUCAGAUUCCAUAUGACGGUAAUUGGAGAUCAGUCGAGCACAAGGUUAGAAUAUCGGUAGAAUACAAAAGUAAAGGAAAACAAAAAGCCUUUACAUCUGUUGAUACUGUAAAAGUUGGGUUGCCUAUUUCGGUUAACGAACUUAAUAUUUUCAGAGAUGAUUGUCUUUUCUUAAAAAUGGAUAUUACAUUACAAGGGACGGUUCCAGUGAGAAUUUUGAAAACCGACUUGGUACCAUCAAAAGUAUAUGAGGUUGCCAACGAUCCAUCCUUAAGUUUACCAUCUUUGAAUUUAUUUGGAAAACAGCAUGCUUCAUACGUGUAUAAAUUGACGAGAUCAAAAGAUUAUGAUCAUGGAGAGCAUGUGAAGUCUGCAAGUACCCAAAUCCAUUUUGUAGUAACAUAUCGGUCACUUCAAGAUGAGGUUGAGAGAUAUGUGGAGCAUACCUUGAAUACUAUUUUAAAGUCCAAAAAAUUAUUUCAGCAUUCACAAUUCCUUAUUGAGAAUGCCAAAGAACAUUUAUUGAAAUCGGUAGAUUAUGUUUCAUAUGGUAUGACAGACAUCUUAGAUUUAGGUGAAUUAGAUAUUGCACAGUGUGAGAACCUCUUUGUAACCCAUGGUGCUGCCAAAGAUGCACUAAUUAAUGUAGUUAAGGAAUUCUGGGAGAUUCUAAAUACUGUGGAAUUGAUUAUAUCAAAAUCACAUGAUUUGAUCGUUGGGGAGCCAUGCCAUUGUCGACUAAUAAUUCGACAUUCAUCAUAUUGGAAUUAUACAUCUACGGAUACUUUGGAAUUUUAUUAUGAUGUUCAUGUUGAUUUUGACAAUUGGCUAUUGGCAGGACAUAAAAAAUUAUGCUUUUCUUCAAAGGCUGGAGAAACGAACGAAUUUCCUAUUACACUCGUACCCUUGAAAACCGGGCACCUUCUUGUUCCUCUCAUAAGAGUUACCAGCCUUGAUUCACAUACUUUUUCUGAAACUAUUUAUUUAAAUAAUGCCGAACAAGUUCUUGUUCGACCUCGUACGCAAUCUGCGACAUUCUUUAUUGAACAACAACAUCGAAUUCACUCGAUUCAUUCGGGAGCAGGAUUCGGUGGUCCCGGACAUCAUCAUCAUAAUGAAGGGAUGGAGAAUGUUGAAUUAUAA